GUUACUUCAAAGCGUUAAUCUUCAGGGGUAGUAUUUCAAUAUUAUUUUCCUUUUGAGGUACAAGAGAGGUAUAAUUGGUCUUAACAUUAUUUCAUAACUUAUUGAAACUAUAAUUUAAUUAUAGUAUUGAUUGCUUUACGAUAACUUAUACUUUCCGAAAGAAAAUAAGAAAACCAAGGUCAUAAGUGUUGCAUUUAGGCGCCAGACCAGCUGUUGGAACAGAGAUGGCCGAUAGCCCGGACGGAGACGUGGUUAGACCGAAUGUCCUCGUUUUCGGAGGAUGCGGAUUUGUAGGCCGUAACUUGGUACAGUAUCUUAUCGAAAAUGAAUUGGUUUCCCAUGUCAGGAUUGUGGACAAGGUGCCCCCUCAGGUAGCAUGGUUAAACAAGGCCCACCAGGCCGUUUUUGAUGAUGCCAAGGUGGAAUUCAAGAGUGCCAAUUUAAUAAAUGCAGCUUCAUGUGAUCAGGCUUUUGAAGGCAAACAAUUCCAAAUUGCGGUCAACUGUGCUUCAGAAACUAAACUUGGUCAUGAAGAUGAAGUUUAUGAAGAAGGCGUUUACCAACUCAGUCUCAACUGUGCAACAUCAGCAGCAAAACACGGUGUUGACAAAUUCAUUGAAGUUUCCACUGGGCAAAUGUGGUCUGAUAAGAUAAUUCACUCUGAAGACAAUGAGGUUUCUCCUUGGACUACUAUUGCUAGGUAUAAAUAUAAAGUAGAACAAGAAUUGAAAAAUAUCUCAAAUUUAAAUUAUUCGAUUAUUAGGCCAUGUAUAGUAUAUGGAAAAGGUGAUAAAUCAGCAUUAGGUGGACGUUUACUAAUUACUCCAUUGUAUCAAGAACUUACUGAACCAUUAAAGCUGCUAUGGGGAGAAGAUGUGGGAAUGAAUACUAUACACGUUAUAGAUUUAGUGAGGGCAAUUUGGCAUCUUGCGACUGUGGCUCCUAAUGGGCUCUACCUAGCCUCCGAUGAAGGUCAGACCACACAAGGUCUUCUCAUGUCUACCAUCGGAAGAGUGUUUGGUGUAGAGCCUACCUACAUCAGCAGCCUUGUACUAUCAGUUUGUAGUACGGCAGAUAUAAUGGCCAUUGCAGAUGAGGCUAAUGACAGACAUGCUGGUCCAUGGGCAAAUGCUUGUCGUAAAGGUGGCAUCAAAAAUACUCCACUCUCUACGUUCAUAAUUUCAGAACAACUUCUCAAUCGUCAUAUAAAACUAGAUAAUUCUAAGCUUAAAUCGACAGGCUUCCGAUUUCUUCACCCUCAAAUUACCGAGGAGCUAGUUAGAGAUAUCAUCGAAGAUUACGUUGCUAUGAACAUGUUUCCAUCACAGCUUCUACCUUAGUUCAUGCUUCGGGUAUGGUUAUACUGAAAGAAAAGCUUUGGGAAAGCAUGCUCUUUUUAAUUAUUCAGUCUUCUAUUCAAAUUUGAUUUUUUAUACUAUUUAAUUUAUUAAGUUGUGAAUAUUUAGUAUGCCUAAAAUGGCAUGAAUAUUGUGAUCAAGUUAGAAAUAACUUAGACCUAACGGUGCUAACUGAUUCAGUUGAUAUGAAACAUUCCUUUGAUGGUUACAUUCCAGUUUUGAGAAAUUCUUGUUAAUACUUGUGAAUAGUGUUUGUUAUAUCUUCAGAAGAUAUUAAAAUAUUGUUUAUUUAAAAAUGUAUGUAAGCCUGGAAAAUCUUUUUUAUCUAAAUUUUGUUAGUUCCUUUAAUAGUAAAGGUUUAGUUUACCAUGUGUAAAAUGAAGUUUAAUUCUUUUUACUGAAAUCCUAGAUAUUUCUAUUUUGUCAUAAAACAUUUAAGUAAUAUUCUACAAUAUUAUAAAUUAUAUAAUUAUAAUAUUCUAUAAUAUUAUACUAUAGUUUCUUCAUAUUACCCAUACACGCACACUGAUAUAUCUACACAUGCAUGUGUAUAAUAUUUUGAAGUAAUGGUAACAGUCCAGUUUUGAUUCAGUGAUGUUUGAUGGCUUUAGGCCAAUAGGAAAUUGUGAGUAAAAACUUUGUGUUUAAUUUAGAAGGAGAUUCUAUUAAAGAUAUGAAAAUAUCUGUAAGACUGAUUAAAUUGAACUGCUUUAAUUCAUAACUAAGCAGGGUAUCUUUAUAUAGGACUGUCAAAAAACCUUUUAGAGUCUAAGAAUUUAUUCUGGAAGAUUUUAAUGCAUUUAUAAAUAUUUGCUAGAAAAUCUUAUUUGUAAUUUAUCAUUUACAGCAAAUUCCUUUAUUUUUUUGUAAUCUUAUAGCGUAUUUCUAAUGCCAGUAGAUAUUUAAUAGAUAAUUCAACUAAAUUAAUAAACAAGGGCAAAAACUCAAAUUUAACUCUAGAUAAAUAUUUGUUUUCAUAAGUCAAUGGUUAUAAAUAUAUAUUAUCAGUUUAUUCCUAUAAGUACACUUUUCAUGGAGCUGAACUUUUAAAUACAUAUUUGCAAUUCUUGGUCAUAUUUAUUGAUGCAAUAUAUUUUAUAAAAUGUUGCUUAAUGUCUUUUUACAAUAAACCUUUAAGUAAAUGUGUUGCUGCUGUUUAAA